AUGAGUGAAACUACGCGCCUGAAGAGCACAGUCUACGUGGGAGGACUUGACCAGGGAGUUACUGCACACACACUUGCUGAAGCUUUCGUUCCAUUCGGCGAAGUUGUUGACAUCUCCCUGCCCAAACCCGAGCAGCCUAACUCAAACGAGGUCCACCGCGGGUUUGGAUAUGUGGAAUUCGAUCUGCCGCAAGAUGCCAAAGAGGCAAUCGACAACAUGGAUGGCAGCGAGAUCUAUGGGCGCACAAUCAAGGUCGCCGCCGCAAAGCCGCAGAAGGAUGCCAACGAGGGACUAGGCAGCAAGACUGCCAUCUGGGAACAGGAGGGAUAUUUGGCUAAACAUGCCGUCAGCGAGGAGGAUCGGUUAGCAGCGGAGGAGGCUCAGGCUUCAAGCAGUCGUCCGCAAGAUCCGAUGCAGGGUUUGGAACAAUUAGAUGUUGCCGGGCCGAAGCCCGAGUGA